UCCUGCCAGCCUCCAUCUGACCCUAGGAGAACACUCCUGGACCCAAGCUCCGGCCAAAGAGCCUCUCUCCCACGCAGGCCGGGAGGUUGCUUUCUAGGAGCUCAGGAUGCAAAGGUGGACACUGUGGGCUGCAGCCUUCCUGACCCUCCACUGGGCACAGGCCUUUCCACAAACAGACAUCAGUAUCAGCCCAGCCCUGCCGGAGCUGCCCCAGCCUUCCCUGUGCCCCCUGUUCUGGAUGGAGUUCAAAGGCCACUGCUAUCGAUUCUUCCCUCUCAAUAAGACCUGGGCCGAGGCUGACUUCUACUGUUCUGAGUUCUCUGUGGGCAGGAAAUCCGCCAAGCUGGCCUCCAUCCACAGCUGGGAGGAGAAUGUCUUUGUGUAUGACCUCGUGAACAGCUGUGUUCCCGGCAUCCCAGCUGACGUCUGGACAGGCCUUCAUGAUCACAGACAGGAAGGGCAGUUUGAAUGGACUGACGGCUCAUCCUAUGACUAUAGCUACUGGGAUGGCAGCCAGCCAGAUGAUGGCAUCCACGCGGACCCAGAAGAAGAGGACUGCGUGCAGAUAUGGUACAGGCCUACCAGUGCUCUGAGGUCAUGGAAUGAUAACACCUGCAGCCGAAAGUUCCCCUUUGUCUGUAAAAUCCCGUCUCUGGCCAUUCAUUGAUCCUGUCUUGUCCUACUGGUGUGAGCUGAACUCCAGUAUCAUCUUGUAGCUGUGCCCAGUGUAGAAUUGAAACUAAAUACAUGUAAAACAUACAUAGGAGGUAAAUCUCUUGGAUAGAGAUUUUAAACAAGCAGAUCUUAAUUAUACAGGGUGGUUACUUGGCCAAGUGACAGGAAAUUAUACAGGGUGGUGACUUGGCCAGCUCAAAUUGGCUUAAUUAAUUUUUUAAAAGGUGUUGUUGUUGUUGUUGUUGUUUAAAUUGGCCCAAGUAACAGAAAUCCAGAGGUUGUUCUGAUUCAGAGUUGAAUCUCACUGGGCUGGCUCAAGUCAUAUGCCCAUCCCUGAAACAGUCACUCUGGCAUAUGCUAAGUGGCUAGCCCCUGCUUAACUGCACAUCUUUGGGACAGAAUGGGGUGGGAGUCACAUCAUCAGAGGGUCUGGGAGUGGGGGAAAAUGGGAGGAUGUUGGUCAAAGGAUACAAACUUUCGGAAAUAAUAACUUCAGGAGACUUAAUGUACAGUAUGGACUAUAGUUAAUAAUAAUGUGUUGUGUUCCUGAAAUUUACUAAGAUAGUAUUUUUUUUUUUUUGAGACAGUAUCGUAUUCUCUUGCCUAGGCUGAAAUGCUGUG